CCGCUAUUCAACCUUCUUUUCAUGUUUUAGAGCUGAUGUGUCUGUAAAGAAAAGCAGAAAAAGGGAGAAUAGCAAACAAGGAAAAAAUCAGAAGCUCAACAGAAGGUUUAGACUCCAGGGCAUCAAAACUAACGGGUUACCACUCUAGCCAUGGCAUGUCUGCUCAUAUCCAUAAUUGUGCUGCAUUUGCUCAGCUUGGCCAUGCUCCUUGUUGCCACCCUGGAGAAGUCCUGGUGGAUAUGGACAGAUUCAGAAAUCACUGACCUCUGGUAUAACUGCUUCUACGAUAACGCUACCAAAACCUGGUUGUGUGCCGCUACCACAGAAAGCGACUGGCUCCAAUCUGCCCAGGCCCUCAUGAUUCUCGCUGUGGUCUUCUCCUCCAUCUCUUUCCUGGUUUUUCUGGCACAGCUCUUCACCUUGUCCAGAGGGAGCCUCUUCUACUUCACAGGGCUCUGUCAGGGCUUUGCAGGUUUCACAGACUUUGCUGCCUGCCUCAUCUUCACCUUCCACAGAGAGGAGAUCUUAAGUGGCUCCAGAGAUCUGAGCAAAGGACGCUUUGGAUACUGUUUCAUCCUGGCAUGGCUGUGUGUCCCUCUGCUUCUUGUUAGUGGAAUCUUGUAUGUCCAUCUGCGCAAAAAACAGUGAGAAGAAAAGCAAAGAGUGAGAUAGAGACCUGUUAUCUUAUCUAGAGUGUGAUGUUCAUCUCCCCCUUCACCUUUUUCCAGUUAACACUGAGCACACGAGGAAAUAAGAUAACUGAGGAGAAAAUUAUAAUGUUUUACUUUUAUUUUCCUUCUUGUUCUGGUAUGUCAUAUCAUUUCAGUUUGACAUUGUUAUGAUCUGUUACAUAAUAAAACAAACAAACAAAAAAAUAAAAUAAAAUGUAUAAGCAGCAAUGCUGUAAGAUGCACUUGAAGGAUUCUGACAAAGAAACAUCCGAGAAUAAAUAUAUAACCUGUGUUUAACAGUC